UGAAUUUUAUUUUAGGUUUAUGCUAGAAUAAACAGACGAAAACUAAGCCUGGCAAAUAUGACUGUUGAAAUAUCCAAAUCUCAUAAACAGGGCGAUCUGGGAACCAUGGGAGUUUAUACAAUACACGGGCCAGAUAAAAUGGAAUCUUUCAACAAGGAGCUAGCCAAGCAUUCCUUGAAAUCCAUAAAUAGUGAAAAAGAAAAGUUCGAACACGAAAAAUGGUACACCAUCGCCAUUCAGGUGUGUGUUCCUUUUUUUAUAGCCGGAUGUGGAACAAUUGGGGCUGGUAUUGUUAUGGCAAAUGUAACUGAGUACAAAGUUUUCAAGGAAGUGUCGGCUCUUUACGUAUUGGUCCCAGCUCUUUUAGGUCUGAAAGGAAAUUUGGAUAUGUGUCUUGCAUCCAGACUGUCCACACAAGCCAAUAUGGGAAAUAUGAAAAGCAGAAAUGAGAUGAUCAAAAUGGUAGUUGGAAAUAUACUACUUGUCCAGGUGCAGUCCAUAGUAGCAUCAUGUGUCGUCUCAGUUUUUGCAGUUUCAGUUUCAGCUAUAAUCAGACCAAAUUUCGAUUGGAUACACACAUUGCUUCUUGCAACAUCCAGUACAUUAACAGCGACUAUGUCUUGUUUCGUAUUAGAUAUGGUAUUGAUCAGUAUAAUUCUGAUAGCAAAGAAACUGAAUUUGAAUCCAGACAAUAUGGCAACACCGAUGGCAGCAAGCAUUGGAGAUGUAGUUUCUUUGAUCAUUUUGUCGACAUGGGCUAGACUUUUAUUCAGAAUCCAUGACCAAUAUCCAUGGCUCAUGGGGUUAAUCCUAGGAACUUACGUCAUCAUCCUAUUGCCCAUAUGGAUCCUGAUUGUGAGAAAAAAUGAGUACACCAAAGAAGUACUUGCUAAAGGUUGGACACCUGUCAUUAUCGCUCUGUUUAUAAGUGGAUCAGGUGGCUUGAUAUUAGAUCACGCUGUGGACAACUUCAACGGUUACACAGUUUUUCAGCCAAUCAUAAAUGGGAUUGGAGGCAACUUGGUUUCGGUGCAAGCAAGUCGUACUUCAACAAUUUUGCAUAGAACAUCUUUCAGAGGCAUCAUACCACCACAUACCAAGCAGUUCGUUAGUCCUUGGACAGCACUAGUCACAGGAGUUCUUCCAGCAAAAACAGCGAGGAUCCUUCUACUCAUCUCAAUACCAGGACACAUCGUGUUCGUCCUCCUAGCUGACUUGAUUUACAAUUCAGGAGUAACCACAGUCAAAGUGCCCUUCGUCAUGACCUACAUCGUGGUAGGUACCACACAGCUGGUCCUUUUACUCUACAUUUGUCACAUAAUGGUGCACACUCUGUGGAGGUACAAAAUGGAUCCUGAUAACAACGCUAUUCCUUAUUUGACGUCGCUGGGAGACCUAUUGGGGUCUUCUUUGUUGCUAGUAGGCUUCAUCUUCCUGAAAUCGAUCAAUCAAGAAUACCAACCCGACCAAUAA